AUGCAGGGAAGUUUUCCUCGACCAUCCAUGUCCAUGGAUAUGACCGACGUGGAGAUGGAAGCGAGCAGUUCAAGAAGCAGCAGAAGCAGCAGUAGCAUCAACAGCUCAGAUGUCACGCUUGAUUAUUAUGAAGAACGCACACCUUCUAUCAGCAGAUGGAGACUGCUUGUCCUGACACUACCGAACUUUGGCAUUCAAGUACUCUGGCUUAUCAUGAUGUCUUACGGCACGCCUUACAUGACUACUCUUGGUAUACCAAAUUCGAUCACAACGCUGGUAUGGCUCUCAGGACCUGUCAGUGGCGCACUGGUUCAGCCACUAUUCGCAGCCCUCUCGGAUGGCACACGACAUCCAUGGGGAAAGCGCAAGCCGUAUAUCGCUGGUGGUGCCAGCUUCGUUUCACUCUCGCUCCUUGGCCUCGCAUGUGCUGAGGAUAUGUCAUCCUGGCUCACAAGCACGUCGUCUUCCCACAAGCACAUAUAUGCAAUGGGUCCACCCAAGGCUAGCGCAUUGACGAAAAUACUUGUCGCAUUCUGGGUUUGUGCGCUCAACAUUGCCAUCCAGCCGCUUCAGAACGGGGUGCGCGCCCUCAUUAUCGACAGCUGCCCCCCGCACCAGCAGAGUACCGCAGCGGCGUGGAGUGCGCGCUUCAACGGUCUGGGUGCUGUGGCCAUUUCGGCGUCCGCUUUUGCUGACGUCGAGGCGUGGGCGCCGGUACUUGGUGAGACCAAGUUCAAGGCGCUGUGCGUGCUGGCGGUACUCGCACUCGGUGCUGCCAUUGCACCAGCAUGCGCUUUGGUACCGGACGAGCCCAGCAGGGAGGUUGACGCGCGCCAUAGAGCAGUGAGUCUGUUUGCACGUCUCUGGAGGACCGCCGGGAAUCUUCCACCAGUGACAAGGCAGGUGUGCAAGGUGCAGUCAUGCGCCUUCACGGCUUGGUUCUCAGUGUUGUACUACUCCACCACCUACGUCUACCAGACCUUUGUCAUCGACCAACACGUCCACCUCGACCCUGACAUCUUCGGUGCUGCCGAUCCUCGUCUCAUCGACAUGGGCAAGCAUGCGGGAACCCGUGCCUCGCUCGUUUUCGCCUGUGUCACCUUCGCUUCGUCCCUCAUUCUACCGCUCAUCGCCCGCCAUUCAGUGCUCCAGCAAAUCUCCGGUCACCACGUGCUGGUAGUGACAGUAUGCGGACUUUCGCUUGGCCGUAUCUGGUACCUUGCACACUGCCUGUUCGCUGCGUUGAUGUUUCUGACUUGUUUCGUCUACACCGUGCCCGCCGCCACUAUCAUUGUCGGCGCACUUGGCGUUGCCUGGUCCGUCGCGUCAUGGGCACCGUACGCGCUGAUUAGCACUGAGAUUGCCAGUCUGAAGGCUCGAAGGGAGGGGGGAGAUGGUUCAACGGAGAAAGAUAUGGGAAAUUGGACGGAUGAGACCACGGCAGGUAUCAUGGCCAUUCACAAUAUGGCCGUUUCCUUGCCGCAGAUUGGCGCAGCGCUGGGGUGCACUGUGCUGUUCAAGCUCGUGGAGAUUUCAAAGAGGGACGAUCCGGCCGCGUUUGCUUUCAAGUUUGCAGGUAUUAUGGCAGUGGUAGCGGCGUGGAUGGGGAGAUCUUUGUGGUGAUCAUGAAAACAGGAACUUGACUGCGUAGAAGCACAGCAUAACAUUAGUCUAAUGAAUCUAUGAAUCUAUGAAUCUAUGAAGCAGGGCAAUAGAAGAGCAAUU